AGUACAAAAAGCCGACCAUGAGCCGGGCCACCGCCUUCAUAAUAGGUUUUUCUUGGUCGGGACACUUUACAUUGACACUUGAUCCGUUCGAUUUUCACUUUUUCCACGUUGUGCUCGAGAUCCGAGACGAACCUACGUCUGUGCGCAUCCGAGUUGUGACGCAUUCUUGACAUCUUUCUCUCUCAUAUUCACGAUCCGUCUAACCCCUGAUCCGCCCUCGUCACCGACGUCAUCACCAGCCACAAUGCCGACUCCCCUCGACAACGCCAUGAAAUCCAAGGUGAGGAACCAAUGCGCUUCUAGCGUUCGGCGGCCUCGUCACAGCAGUGGCCGUCUGGAGCAUCUACGGCGGCGACAUGUUCCCCGCGGCCGCCGACCCGACGGGCAACCCCGAGGAGUGGACGCGGGAGGAGAUGCGCCGGUGGCUCGCAGCGCGCAACCUGUUCCCCGGAGACGCGGCGACGCGCGAGGAGCUCCUCGCUAGGGUACUGGCCAACAUGCGGAUUCCGAGGGCGUCGGCGUGA